UAAAGCACCAGGGGACAAUGGUCCUCAGUGGGGGGCUGGUCCUGGGACUCCACACCUUGAUGACCCUCCUGAGCCCCCAGGAAGCUGGGGCCAUCAAGGCUGACCACAUGGGCUCCUACGGACCAGCCUUCUACCAGUCCUAUGAUGGCUCGGGUCAGUUCACCCAUGAUUUCGAUGGAGAGCAGCUGUUCUCUGUGGACCUGAAGAAGAGGGAGGCUGUGUGGCGUCUGCCUGAAUUUGGCAACUUCGCCUACUUUGACCCUCAGCAUGGGCUGGCCAGUAUCACGAUGAUCAAAGCGCAUCUGGACGUCUUGGUGGAGCGCUCGAACCGUACCAGAGCCGCCAACGUGCCCCCAAGAGUGACUGUGCUGCCCAAGUCUCACGUGGAGCUGGGCCAGCCCAACGUCCUCAUCUGCGUCGUGGAGAACAUCUUCCCCCCUGUCAUCAAUAUCACCUGGCUGCGCAACGGUCAGACCAUCACCGAGGGGGUGGCCCAGACCAGCUUCUAUGCCCAGCCCAACCAUCUGUUCCGGAAGUUCCACUACUUGCCCUUCGUGCCCUCGGUGGAUGACUUCUAUGACUGCAAGGUGGAGCACUGGGGCCUGGACCAGCCGCUCUUUAAGCACUGGGAGCCCCAGGUGCCUACCCUGCUGCCUGACACCACAGAGACCCUGGUCUUCACCCUCGGCCUGGCCCUCGGCCUGACCGGCUUCCUCGUGGGCGUCAUCCUCAUCGUCACAGGCACAUGCCUGUCCAGCACCCCCAGGUAAUGGCCCUUCUGAGAGAAACAGGUAGGGGAGACACCCUACGGCUUCCUGGCAAGUGUCUGACAGCCCUUGGAUGCUCAGUGUCAGAGCCUACCACAUUCAUCCCUACCGUGCUGACUUUGAAUGGGAUCAACCUCUGUCCUACAGGUCUCCUCCUUUUUGGCUCCUGUACUUAAGGCAGGGACUUGUGGGGCACCAAGGAGUUCCCUUUCCCACCCCCAAAACACACACACACACACACACACACACACACACACAC